CCGGGCGGCGGCGGCGGGAACGGGUGCCGGGGCGGACUUACGCGCGGCCGGGAGCGACCGGAGGCGACGGAGGACCCGAGCGUCGCGGCCUUGGCGUCGCGGUGAGCUUCUGCGGCCUCCCCUCGGCUCCACUGGGUCCGGGGCGGCGAUCGGGCCGCGCCCUCCCGGGCCAGCUAGGACUGAGAACAAACCCGUUUCCAUGGCGACGCCCUAAAGUGGAGUCGCGGCGGGAGGUGUCCGCCACGCAUGCACGCGGCUUCUCGGGGCCUCACCGGCCUCCCGGGUUCUCUCGGGGACCCUGGCCCUGAGGCCUCCCUCCCGAGCGAGGUCCUGGUCCGAGCUCCUCCGGGCAGACCCGGCAAGGACUGGGUUUUGAGAUGGCUGGGUCCUCUCUGGACGGAAGGAGCUUCUACCCAUGCUCGUCCCGGUAGCGAACAUGCGCAGCGGCCUGAGGCUGGUUUAGAUAAUUUUUCUCAAAGGCCACUGUGCUUUGUUGGUGUGCCCAAGUCCAGAGCUUUCCUGGUUAGAUUUCUUCAACUUCCAUUGAGUGACACAGAUUAGGGAGGGGCCUCAAGGUCCAGCCAGCUGUAUACAGACUUCAAUGAAUCCUUCCACUUCCAAAUGUCACUCCAUGGAUUCCUUUGGGCAAUCCAGACCAGAAGAUAACCAGUCAGUAGUCAGCAGAAUGCAAAAGAAAUACUGGAAAACUAAACAGGUCUUUAUCAAAGCAACAGGAAAAAAGGAGGAUGAGCACGUGGUGGCAUCUGAUGCCGAACUGGAUGCUAAACUUGAGGUUUUUCACUCCAUUCAAGAGACAUGCUCUGAACUCCUGAAGAUAGUUGAGAAAUAUCAGCUAAGACUCAAUGUUGUAUCAGAGGAAGAAAAUGAACUAGGGCUCUUUUUAAAGUUUCAAGCAGAACGAGAUACAUCGCAAGCUGGCAAAAUGAUGGAUGCCACUGGCAAGGCACUCUGUUCCUCGGCCAAGCAAAGAUUGGCCCUGUACACGACCCUGUCUCGUCUUAAGCAAGAAGUAGCAACAUUCAGUCAAAGGGCAGUAUCUGAUACAUUAAUGACAAUUAAUCGGAUGGAGCAAGCACGCACAGAAUACAGAGGAGCUCUGCUGUGGAUGAAAGAUGUAUCCCAAGAACUAGACCCAGACACCUUAAAACAGAUGGAAAAGUUCAGAAAAGUACAGAUCCAAGUCAGAAAUAGCAAAUCUUCUUUUGACAAGUUAAAGAUGGAUGUUUGUCAGAAAGUGGAUUUACUCGGAGCUAGUCGCUGCAAUAUGUUAUCUCAUUCACUCACUACCUACCAGAGAACACUGCUUGGAUUCUGGGAGAAAACAGCUCGAAUGAUGUCCCAAAUCCGUGCGGCCAGUAUUGCCUUUCAUCCAUACGAUCUUGUAGCUCCCAAGCAACAACAAGACACUUCAAGCAAGCUUACUGAAGACCACAAAGAAAAACAAGUAGAAAACAAUUAUCUCACCGAAGACCUCAAUAAGUUAGUUUUGUCAGAUGAGGAAGUGAGCUUGGGAAGUGAAUCAGCAACUGAAUAUCACAAGGAAAAACAUUUUCAAAUAAGAGAAUGUGGAGCACCUCAGUUUUCUAACUCUGAAAAAAAUGUUACAAGAGAUUUACCUGUAGAUUCACUGGAAGACGAUUUCGAGAAGGAAUUCUCAUUUCUGAACAAUCUCCUAAGUCCUGUUUCUUCAAGUACUAGUGAAUUUACCCAAGAAUGCCAGACUGCCUUUGGGAGCCCCAAUGCCAGUCUCAUGUCCCACGAGCAUUCUGUGGGAUCUGAGUCUCUUGCUCAUUCUGCACAAUUCCUUCCUUCACAUCUCUUUGACCUUGGCCUUCAUGCUGCUGGAGCUUUCAACAGCUGGGCCUCCAAAGGGGGAUUCGAACUUCCCCUUUCACACACUGAUAACCAGCCGGUGCCUUCACAGAGUCCAGAGAAAUUAACAAAGUCUCCCAACAAUGGUAACCAAGACAUGUCAGCUUGGUUCAAUCUAUUUGCAGACUUGGAUCCACUUUCAAACCCAGAUGCUAUUGGACACUCGGAUGAUGAGCUUCUUAAUGCUUGACUGAAAUUAUGAAAUAACUUCAAUGGCCUUGAGAUAUCAGUUUUGCAACAUACUGCCUGGUGGAAAGGAGUUUAUAUUGUAACCCAUACUCAAAAGCAUCGUGUUUCUGAAUAUAACACUUGUCAGCCAACUUUAAACAGAUGGCAAUGAUCACAUUUGAAUAGAUUAAGUGUCUUUUUAAUAUCUUAGAUUUGCAGCUGUUGAUAAUAUAUGGAAAAUUUUAGAAACUGUUGAGUCUGAAAUAGAUAAAAUUUCAAAAUAACAGCUAGGAACGAUUCUGUCAAUAAGGAUUUGGGCUUAUUUUUUUUAAAAGCCUUUUAUGUAAGUUGUUGGCUGUGAGAAUCUUUAUAUGGAUAAAGGACAGCAUAUAAAUUGGAUGGUGAUUUGGGGUUGGUUUUUAAACAAAAUAGUGGCAAGCAGAAUGUUCUGUUUUGGAAAAUAACACUAGAACCAGACCAGUUUCAUCUUUAGUUAGAAGGGUAGAAAAAGAUUUGAGAACCCAGUUUGCUUUAAUGAAAUCAGAGAAACAGAAAACUGGUGCUUGUUUUCUCCACUUAGAGGCUAAAAUGUAAUACAAAUAUUACUCAGUUUUUUUUCCUUUAUAGAAAAUCAUGGAAACCC